GAAGAUCUUCAGUCAAACAGCUGUCUUCUGCAACACUCCAGAAGAUUCUGCAUUUACUGAAUUUUACAGUUCCUCUGUGCAAAGUAAAUAAAUAAGUAAAGGAAAUGUCAACCGGACAGAAAAUAACUAACCUUGAAGUCUCCACCACUCCAUUACAAGAAGAGCAAUUCAGAAAACAACUCUAUCAGAAGAUUGAGGUUAACCUCAAUGAAGGCAUCAAAGAACCUAAACCCCAGGUCUUUCUUUGGUACAAGAAAGAUCCUCAAAUCCAACCAAUAACCAGAAUCGAGUUUUCAUUCAACAAUGACAUGAAAACUGGUCUGGUUGAUGCAGAGUAUACACAGAUCGACAAGGAUCUGAAUGCAGGAGUUAGUGGAGAUCACAUCUUUCUGUGGUACUUCCGUGGCAGCACUCCAAAUGAUAAUCCGAUUAUAAGCCUGAAAGUAACCAAAGACGCCAAAGAAGAACCUGCUCUUCUGCUAGAAGGCUGGGAGAGACUGGGCUGUGAUCUGAACCGUAAUGCAGGUGGAAACGUCAUCUAUCUCUGGGUGAAGAGAGAGAGGCUGAACUACAUCUCUGAGGUCACAGCAUCUGUUGACUUCUAUGCUGACAAGCACCUGUUUGAGCUGGGCUUCACUCGUGUGGAUGAAGACACCAAUCGCGAUGCCCGUGGAUACCAAAUUUUCAUUUGGUAUCGGCGCACAACUGAUAUAAGCAAAGCCCUCACUGCUCUUGAUGUUUCCACAAGUCCUCGAGAAGAGUCUAGCCUUAAGGCUAAGGGUUUCAGAAAAGUUAAUGCCGACCUUAAUAAAGGAACAAGUGGAGACAGUGUCUACCUGUGGUACAAAGGAAAAUGUGAUGCACAGAUAAAAACCAUGGUUCUACUGGUCAAUCCUCAGGCUUGGGAUGAGUAUGCAAAGGCCGGUAUUGUUGUUAUUAACAAAAACCUGAAUAGUGGCAACAAAGGCAGGGAAAUGUACCUGGCAUAUAAGUAAAAGAACAAAAUUGGCCUCAUGGUUUGAAAACACCCUAUUAAAGAAUCAAAUCAUUACCACUGUAUGGCAACUAUGUCACGUAAAUGAUUAAAACAUAACAAUUUUUCACACAAUCAACCAAUUAGUAAUACAAGCACGUCUUGACACUAAUCUAGUUUUAGAGCAAUCUGUGAUUUUAAAUGUACUGUUUUUUUAACCAUGUUAUGAUUAUUUUAAAAAAGCAU